CUCUACCUAUCCAUCGUCCUAGCUAUCUCACGUAGUCUCCCUCUCCCGGUCUUCGCGACGACGCUAGCUUUACACGUUCGUGAUAAUGGCGGCGCUGCUGCUGCUGGCGGCGGCGAUGGUGGUGGUGGUGUUCGCGCACGCGGCGGCGGCGCAGCGGUACAAUGCUAUCUACAGCUUCGGCGACUCCAUCUCCGACACCGGCAACCUCUGCGUCGGCGGCUGCCCGUCGUGGCUCACCACCGGCCAGCCCCCCUACGGCAAGACCUUCUUCGGCCGCCCCACCGGCCGCUGCUCCGACGGCCGCGUCGUCGUCGACUUCCUCGCUGAGCACUUUGGGCUGCCGCUGCCGCCGGCGUCGAAGGGCGGCGGCGACUUCAAGAAGGGGGCGAACAUGGCGAUCAUCGGCGCCACCUCCAUGGACGCCGCCUUCUUCAAGUCCAUCGGCCUCAGCGACAAGAUUUGGAACAAUGGCCCCCUCGACACCCAGAUCCAGUGGUUCCGUCAGCUCCUCCCCUCCGUCUGCGGCAACGAUUGCAGGAGCUACCUGUCCAAGUCGCUGUUCGUGGUGGGCGAGUUCGGCGGCAACGACUACAACGCGCCGCUCUUCGCCGGCCGCGCCAUGACGGAGGUCAGGGACUACGUGCCACAGGUCGUCAGCAAGAUCAUCCGUGGCCUCGAGACAUUGAUCAGGAUGGGCGCGGUGGACGUGGUGGUGCCAGGGGUUCUACCCAUCGGGUGCUUCCCGAUCUACCUGACGCUCUAUGGCACAUCCAACGGUGCAGACUACGAUCGCAAUGGUUGCCUCAAGAGCUACAAUAGCCUCUCCUCCUACCACAACACGUUGCUCAAGAGAAGCCUCUCCAACCUCCAGAGGACGUACCCACAUGCCAGGGUCAUGUACGCUGAUUUCUACUCGCAGGUCACUGCUAUGGUCCGCUCUCCCCAAAACUUCGGGCUGAAAUACGGGCUGAAGGUGUGCUGCGGGGCGGGAGGGCAGGGGACGUACAACUACAACAACAAAGCGCGGUGCGGCAUGUCCGGGUCCAGCGCCUGCGCCGACCCGGCCAACUACCUCAUCUGGGACGGCAUCCACCUUACCGAGGCCGCCUACCGCUCCAUCGCCGAUGGCUGGCUCAAGGGCCCCUACUGCAACCCUCCCAUCCUCCACUGAUUUAUUAAUCCUACAUGUAUAAUAUCUGCAGAGAGAUGAGAUGUGACCCAAUUAAUUGUGCACUGUUUGCUUAAUUAGGCCGAAGUGUGUGUUUGUAUUUGUGUGUGGGUUAAUUAAUAUUUGUUCAUGGGGUUUACUUAAUUAGAGUUUGGUUGUGAUUUGGAGAGGGUGAUUUUAAGCCUGAUGAUGUAUUUAGUUGGGGAUCGAAUCAAACUGAUCCAAGUGAAUAAUGAAGCUCAAACAAGGGCUUUUCCAUUUUAGUUUCA